GCCUCGUCGGAGGAGGUGAUCGUGUCGCUGCUCGUCGCGUCUGUCGGCGGAAACAGUAGGAGGCCCCCCGCGCGAGCAUCUGUCACCAUGCAUCCGAUGCCCGUGUGUUCCGUGAGCGGCGGAGACAUAUUCGACUGUAUACAGAGAGGGAAUAUUGAACAGUGCAUACACUUCGUUCAGAAUGAUCGUUCAGUGCUCAAGCAAAAAGGCUGGGGUGGUUUCACCCCGCUUCACUACGCUGCCCUGCAUGGUAACCGUGCCCUGGUUGACCUUUUCCUAAGCACUGGAGCCGAUCCUAACCUGACGAAUGAUGCAGGACAGACCGCCUUUCAUUUUGCCUGCAGGCAAGGAAAUGUUUAUAUCAUCCAUCAAAUGAUGCAGUAUGGAGCCGACAUACGUCUCAUUGACUUGCAAGGAAAAACAUCACUGCACCAUGCGGUUACUGGUGGUAACAUAAUUGCUGUGCACUAUUUGUGGGAGACGGGAAUGUUCCGGUUCUCAGACACGGACAUGUACCAGGUGACGCCUCUUCACCUGGCUGCAUCCACAGGCAACACUGAGGUGGUUCGAUAUCUGCUCAGAAAUCAGCGCUGUGCGGUGGAUGCAGUCGACCAGCAGGGGGCGACAGCACUUCACGUUGCAGCAGAAAGGGGCGGAGUGGAGGUGUGCUGGACACUGCUGCAGAGAACAGGGUGCAGGAUGCUCCAGGAGAAGAACCACAGCGGCCUCACGCCACUGGAUCUGUGCAGGCAGGGGAAGACUUUCAGACAUCAGCAACUCACCAAACUACUGAGUCGGUACAUUAAUGAGCCGAUCCACCACAAACCCCGAGAGUCCCAUGUUUUAUACUACUGGACGCUUCUGUUUCCCACUCUGAGCGGAGCUGCGAUCCUGCUGAUAGCCGCCAUGUUGGGAGGCUACGGGGGCCUGAUCUGUGGUCUGCUGUUCCCUUGGCUGGCCAGAAGCAUUUUCACACAGUACCACCGCAUGACCACUUACCAAAGGUUGCCUAACCCCAUCUACCUGGGAACGCUUCUUGCCGGCUUGUUUCAUUCUCUGCUCUGCUUCUAUGGAAGAAUGGUGCCGAGUGUGUUGCCCAGCAGCACUCUGGCCCAGGUCUCCAUGUUCCACUUCUCGGUACUGCUGGGUUUGUUCUGUAAGGUUCUGAUCCAGGACCCCGGGGCGCUGGGCAAGGCCGACGCGGACCCCCGGUACUCCUGUGUUGCGGACCUCGUGGAGAACAACCAGAGCCCUCAGAGGUUCUGCCCAUACUGCGAGUUGUUCCAGCCUGACUUCACCAAACACUGCAAGCUGUGUGAACUCUGCAUCAAAGACUAUGACCAUCACUGCCUUUUCCUCAACCGCUGCAUCGGCCGGGGCAACCACCGGCUCUUCCUGGUCUUCAUCCUCGCCAUGGCGACGGCCCACCUUCUCUUCGUGGCCACGGCGACCAGCUACCUGUACAGCGAGAUGCCGGAGGGCGGCCACAGCCUGAGCCUGUGGCUGGCGCUGCUGGGACAGGAGUUCUGGGUCGUGGUCAUGAUGGUCAUGAACGUGCUGACGCUCCUGUGGGAGGUCUGGCUCCUGACGGAGCAGUUCGAGGCGCUCGCCACCGGGACGACCACCUACUUCAGACAGUGUGAAAGCUCGGCGCGGCAGAGGUCGCGGGCGCAGCGCUGGGCUGUGGUGCUGACCUUUCUGCUGGAGGGCCGGAGACGGCUGGGCAGCGGACAGAGCAGAGAGGACAAACCGGCCAUAGACAUUUAAAUAUCCCCUCAGUGUCUGGAGUGCCCUCUGAGUUACAUAUAUAUUUAUGUAUUUAUGGUGAAAACACAAGUAGGUAUUGCAUGUGUAAACGCUGACAUUUUUAGAAGCUAAAAUUCUUUUGAGAAAGAUUCUCUGACUGCAAGACUUUAAUUUAUAAAAAGGCAGUGAAUUUAAAAUACCAUUAUUGAAAAUUCAAGCGGAUAAAGUGGCAAAAUAGUGUGUGAAACCUGUGGAAGUUUUUUUUUUUUUUUAUGUAUUGAUCCAUCUUAAAAUAUGACCUAAACUGUAUCAAGUCAAGACAAUUAAUGUGCCAAACCUAAUGGCAGAGAUUACUGAGCAUGUCCUCUGAAGCACAGUGCUUGAGGGAAAAGUCAUUUCAGGAUUAAGGAAUCCGCAAAACUUUUCUGGAGAAAGAUUGCAGCAAGGUGUAGAGAUGCUCUGAAAAAUGAAAAUAACUGAAGCUUUUUAUAUGUACAAAUCAAGAGAACAAAACUAAUGUGAACCAUUUCUUGUAAAAAACUGAAUAUCUUUGUAAAACCAACAGUUUAAAAUGAAGUUACAGUUUUACAUUGAACCUGUGGUUGAAUAACAACAUGAAAACAUCGUCCAUACAGUGAAAUUCUGCAAGUGAAAUUAAUUUUAAUCAGUAGAUAUAUGGAUUCACUUACAUUUUCCAUCAAUACUGCGCAUGUUUAAUGAAUCCAUUCAGAUAAGAAAUAUAACUCUUAGUGUAGCAUCAAGUUCAUCACUUUGUUUGUACUUAUGACUUUGAUCUGCAACGGUUCACAUUUCAUUUCUGAAUCAUACAUAAAACAAAGAAUUCCACAAGUUUAACCUACUUUUUUUUGCCAUUGUAUCUGCUGUUGAUGCAUGCAGAUGAAAAAACCUUUAGAAACGUGUUUUGCACAUCUGUGGGAGCAGAUCUAACGUUUCACACUAUUUCACUGAAAGGGGAAAAAUUAGUUAAAAUAUCAGAGUAGUUUUUUUUUUUUUUUUUUUUUUAGAUCAAGUAUCUGACUCAGAUGAAAAGAUAAACUACACACCCUGGGGAUGUGUAUUUUGCACUUCUAGGUGCGAUGCAUGCAGUCCAAUUAUAAAUAAGCAUUCUGGGUUUCCAGAGUCUGUCUUGUCCAGUUGACUUGGUGAUCAUGUGCUCCGUAGAAACAGUGACUCUUGAUGCCAUAAGACGUCUUCACUUGAAUGUAACAUUUUGUAAAUUCUUGAUAUAUUUUAAUAUAAAGUAAGAGGUAGAGCAGAUUUUUCCAUAAAGUGGCUUAAAGCAUAACUAUCGCUAAGAGGUUAGAUGUCCGUCUACAUUUUUGUGACCUCACUGAACCCUUUUAAAGACACAUGGUUUACAUACUUUACUGUAAAAUACUGAAUAUUUCUCAGUGUGGUUGAGCAGGAAUGGCGCCUUUGACGAUACAACUGUCCACAUUCACGCCUGUUUUUGUGGUUCAUUUUAAUACUUUUUUUUUAUUGUUAAUUAUAUGUUUACGAUGGUGUGAAGACAAAUGUAGAUCAAAGUGUGAUCGGAGCAUUCGGGAGGCCUGUGAUCAGCUGGUGAUAAUGCUGAAAGGCAGGUGCAGUGAAAAGACUUUGUUCUUCUCUUAACGUCGUUACCUUUCCAAACUGGCCUCAGUCGUUCUUGUGCCGUGACGCUUCCUCUGCUCUCGCUAAUGGGACGUGCUCUUUUCAUGCCUCCAAUUACACACAGUCAUUUCCUACGCGUCCCUCAGGGCCAUCUUUCUCGAUUAUAGAUGAUGCGCCCCACACCCUUCGGAAUCUGGUGCGUCUGGACUAGGGCUGCAUGAUAUUGGAAAAAACUGACAUUGCGAU